CCCUUCCGGCUGCAUCAGCCCGGACCUGCUUAUUCUACGUGUGGCGUCAUCACCUCGCAUGCCGCCUGGCCGCUUUGUGACGAUAUAAACCACAAUUGCAAUGCUCAGAAAUGCGUUCAGAGCUUAUGUAGCCCUCCCCGGGGCUGCCGGCAGCCCGAGAGCCUGGCAAGGCGCAAGUCAGGCUGGUCGAGGGAUGUGGGCAAGGAGCCUCAGCACGCCUUCCCAGUCCUUCCUCGGAGCACCCACAACAGGACGAUAUACACUGAGGUCAUCAAACAUCACAAACGCGUUACCAAGGUUUCGAUCCACCCCGCUGCGAUCUACGCGACGCAACUUUCAUAAUACCUCUCGACGACGUGAUCCCAAGAACACUACGCGAGAAGCGCCUGGGCCGCGUGCAGCUGGCACAGAGGCUCAACCCUCAGGGCUCUCAGCUAGACUGAAGAAGCUCUCGAAAGAGUAUGGCUGGACUGCGGUAGGGGUAUACCUAGCAUUAAGCAUUGCGGACUUCCCAUUCUGCUUUUUACUGGUUCGCAUUGUUGGAACAGAUAAAAUAGCAGGGGAACUCGAACACUGGGUUGUGUCCAACGUGAAGAAAAUAAUCCCCCAAAGUGUCCAAGAUAAGUGGCACGAAUGGCGCAGCACACUGAAGGAAGAGGAAAAGGAGGCUUUCGACAAUAACAACCUCAGUGAGCAUGUUGAAAUGGCAGGUUGGGGUGUUGAGGAAGCUGAAGCCCGCAACAAAGCGGAGGCAAGCCUUGGAACGCAGUUAGCGCUGGCAUACGCCAUUCACAAGAGUUUCAUUUUCAUUCGCGUCCCAUUGACGGCUGCUGUCCUGCCAAAGGUUGUCAGAGUACUACGAUCUUGGGGCUAUGAUAUCGGAAAGAAAAAGGUCAAACAGAUCAAGCCAUAGGUACCUCACAAGCGCUCUUUGGAUAUUUGGUAUUGCUGUAAGGGGAAACAAGGCAUUGUAGAUAUAUUGGGACUGUAGACUGUUGUUUCAACACACAUAGACACUCUGCUCAUGCAGCCAUAAUAAAGUUUGCACAUAUGUAAAUCAUCACAGCCAAUUUCCACGACUCGCUGUUUCGCGCAUUCGCUCUGGGCUUUGGUACUUAUGAACGUGUUUAGUUCAGGUGUUUGGAGGCUAGGUCGCAUCACAACCGGUAGUACGCAGAUCCCACAGGUCUGAGAGCACCGUGUGCAUCGAGGCUU